AUGUCUUCUGGAAGCAAACAGCACCCCAAAGUUACGAACGGCAUGGCCAAGGGUCUCCGUGCAGGAGAUCUGAGCCAUGUACCGGACGGAAGCAGCAACAGCGUGGUGGAUCGAUUUUCACAGUCACCCGCUGCAGAUGAGCCUUACUUUGCUCGCGCGCGAAUGCAAGACCGGUCCAGUCAUGUAUCACGACUCUCAAGUCAACUCGACGCGACAGACGAAAUCUUGAAAAAAUGA